AAUCCUACCCGGGUGAACGAGAACCGCCUCUGCCUUUUCUUUCUGCCCAUAGCAGUCGUAGUUGUAGUACAUAACAAUUCUUCUCGCUAUAUAAGAAGAAGACGAACGUUAAUACAACAACAAGGCGGAUGAAUUCUGGUGAAGUUCUAGCAUUGAUCCCCGGAGCCUAGGGUUUCGUUGUCACUCCACUUUGGGAGCGAAUUAGCCAGGAAUUUGUUGACUUCGAUCACCGCAAAUCGCUUUCUCGCAUCGCAUUGCCCCUUGACUUCAUCGUCUUGCUUUUGGAAACCCGUAGGAGAGUUUCUAGGGUUUCCACUAACGCUGCAAGUAUCUGUGUCCUGUUUCCUGUUUCCUGAUCAUCUGAGGCGAGAACGAUAACUCGCCGAUCACAUAGCAGUAUACGUAAUACAAAUAUUUGUACGUAUGCUUUGUAUGUGCAGUAAAUAUUUGUACGGAAAAUAGAGAUGAAGGAAAUAGGCGAUGAAAAAAUUGAAUGAGAAUUCCAAUAUUAAUGGCAUUGCUAGUGAUUCUGUUUUGUCAUGGACUUGAAAACCAAAGUCCAUUUAUUUGUCUAUGUUUUUGGUGGAAAUUUUUGAGGACUGAAAUUGAUGAAUACUCCGGGUAGGGUUUUAAAAAUUUUCACGUUGCAAGUAUAUGUACUCCGCAGUAUUAAACUUCAUGGUGGCUAUUGUACAAAUAUGUAUUAUGAGCUGUUGGUGAAAUUUGGCGUUGGUUUUAUUUCGGUAUAAUUUGAUUUUGGGCAUCUCGUGGUGAUACAUUUUUGCGGGUUGACACUUGACACUCUGUAGUUAGAAUUUCAUGGCCCACAAAAUUUUGUUUUGGGCCUUAUGUGCACUUGACUUGAUUAGCCUAGGGUUUUUUGACGUAUGAUUAUGUGAUAGAGCGGGAAUGCGAGUUUAUUUGAUGUGGUUUUGCGUAGUGACUUGGAUUAUAUGGACUUAAACUUCUGAAAGUGGUUAUUAUAUUGUAUUUGUGAUCUUAGAAGUAGUUGUGGCUGUUUUUCUUUUUUCUGUUCUGUUUUGCUAUGGCAGUUUGCUGUAUAAUCAUGGAUGUGAUUCUAUUUAGUUGCAGAUUGUAGUUUAGGGAAUUUAUAAAGGAUGACAAUGAGUCAGAUGCCUCCAAUACAACUGGAGCAUGGUUGGGAGUUCAUGCAGAAUGGUAUUCAGAAAUUGAAGAUAAUUUUGGAAGGGAACGCAGAGAUGCAUUUCAGUGCUGAAGAUUAUAUAUCGCUGUAUACAACCAUUUACAAUAUGUGUACGCAGAAACCUCCUCAUGAUUAUUCUCAGCAGCUAUAUGAAAAGUACAAGGAAGCAUUUGAUGAUUACAUCACAUCAACAGUCUUGCCAUCUCUAAGAGGCAAACAUGAUGAGUUUAUGUUGAGGGAGCUUGUUAAUAGGUGGGCAAACCACAAAAUUAUGGUCAGGUGGCUUUCACGCUUUUUUUUUUAUCUUGAUCGAUAUUUUAUCUCUCGGAGGUCACUUCCUGGUCUGAGUGAAGUUGGGCUGACUUGCUUCCGCAACUUGGUUUACCAGGAGUUGAAGGUCAAAGUUAGAGAUGCUGUUAUUGCUCUGAUUGAUCAAGAACGUGAAGGAGAUCAGAUUGACAGAGCUCUGUUGAAGAAUGUACUGGAUAUAUUUGUUGAAAUUGGUAUGGGACAGAUGGACUACUAUGAGAAUGACUUUGAGUUAGAGAUGCUUGAGGACUCGGCAGCUUUUUACUCCGUAAAAGCAUCAAACUGGAUUGUGGAAGAUUCUUGUCCUGAUUACAUGUUGAAGGCUGAAGAGUGUUUGAAAAAGGAGAAGGAUAGAGUAUCUCAAUAUUUGCAUCUCAGCAGCGAGACAAAGCUUUUGGAUAAAGUGCAACACGAGUUAUUGAUCACGUAUAUUAACCAAUUGCUCGAGAAGGAGCAUUCUGGAUGCCGUGCACUGCUCAGAGAUGAUAAGGUUGAUGAUUUAUCUAGGAUGUAUAGACUAUUCCAUAAAGUUCCAAAAGGACUUGAUCCGGUGGCAAAUGUUUUUAAGCAGCAUGUCACUGAUGAAGGUAUGGUUUUGGUACAACAAGCUGAAGAUGCAGCAAGUAACAGGGCAGAAACUGUUGGUGCCUCGCAGGAGCAGGAUUUUGUGAAGAAAGUCAUUCAGCUGCAUGAUAAAUAUAUGGCAUAUGUAAAUGACUGCUUCUCAAACAGCACUCUUUUUCACAAGGCAUUGAAAGAUGCUUUUGAGGUCUUUUGCAACAAAGUGGUUGCUGGCAGCUCAAGUGCAGAGCUGUUGGCUUCAUACUGUGACAACAUCCUGAAGAAGGGUGGUAGUGAAAAACUGAGUGAUGAAGCUAUUGAAGACACCCUAGAUAAGGUGGUGAAGCUUCUUGCAUAUGUUAGUGAUAAGGAUCUGUUUGCUGAAUUCUACAGGAAGAAGCUUUCUCGUAGAUUGCUUUUUGACAAAAGUGCCAAUGAUGAUCAUGAAAGACUGAUUUUAACUAAGCUAAAGCAACAAUGUGGUGGACAAUUCACAUCAAAAAUGGAGGGAAUGGUGACAGAUUUGACACUGGCAAAAGAAAAUCAGAACCACUUUCAAGAAUACCUUAACAAUAACCCAGUUGCUGCUCCUGGGAUUGAUUUGACUGUCACAGUUCUCACGACGGGAUUCUGGCCAAGUUAUAAAUCCUCUGAUCUUAGUCUCCCUGAAGAAUUGGUGAAGUGUGUUGAAGUCUUCAAGGACUUUUACCAGACAAAAACAAAACACCGCAAACUUUCAUGGAUUUAUUCCUUGGGCACUUGCAACAUAAAUGGGAAGUUUGAGCCAAAACCAAUUGAGUUGAUUGUGGGGACUUAUCAGGCUGCAGUCUUGUUGCUGUUUAAUGCUUCAGAUAGAUUGAGUUACUCUGAGAUCAAGACACAGUUAUAUUUGGCUGAUGAUGAUUUAGUCAGAUUGCUUCAAUCUCUCUCAUGUGCCAAGUAUAAAAUUCUGAAGAAGGAGCCUAACACUAGAUCUGUUUCUCAAAAUGAUUUCUUUGAGUUCAAUUCCAAGUUUACAGACCGAAUGAGGCGCAUCAGGAUUCCUUUGCCUCCUGUGGAUGAAAGGAAAAAAGUAGUGGAAGAUGUUGACAAGGAUAGAAGAUAUGCCAUUGAUGCCUCAAUUGUGCGUAUUAUGAAGAGUAGAAAAGUUCUGGGUCAUCAACAAUUAGUCCUGGAGUGUGUUCAGCAGCUGGGCCGCAUGUUUAAGCCGGAUGUCAAGGCAAUAAAAAAGCGGAUUGAAGAUUUGAUCACUAGAGACUACUUGGAAAGAGAGAAAGAGAACCCAAACUCGUACAAGUACUUGGCCUAAUUUACACUGCUGGUACCUGCAGUAACAUAGAGAAUCUACAUGACGCACAGAUUCCAUUCAAGUGUAAAUGCGCAGUGAAUUCGGGACAUCAUUUCCCCACCAUGAUGUUUGACAACGUUCAGCGGCUGGUGUAGCCUACCCCUCAAUCUUCACCAGUUAAAACUCUUUUGGCCAUGCUACAUCACUUGGUAUAGCUUUAAGCAAAGACCAAUUUUGUCGUUUGUUACUGUAGGCUUGUAAAUUUCUAUGCCCUAACACCGUCGUAUUAGGGCAUAUUUGCUAAGUAUAUCUGAAGAAAACAUUUUCUAUUUGGGAAAUGGGAUUUCAAUGCGAUUAACAAACAUGCUAAUAGAACUAUUCUCUAGUUAUAGUUUCUUUGGGGAUACUUUGCACCAUGAUCUAAGGGGUACUUGUUUCACAUAUUGGAAUUGUAAAUGGAAAUGGAAUCAUGGACUCUGGUUUUGGAAUUAAAA